UAAUAAGAGCGCACAAUAAUAGUAAAACAAUUUUUUUAGAUCUUCUUGAAAUCUACUCGUUAUAUUUUCAUGAUUACACUAAUGAUCAACAAAAUCCGUUAUAAAUAUGAAACUGAAUUGAAUACAUGUAGUUUUUUACUAGUGUCCCAUCUGUUCAAAUUGUAAUAAUUCUUUUUUUACUUUAUUUAAAUUUAAAUAAAAUGCCCAUACGGUUACAAAUUACAAUGCUAUAAGUUAUAAUGUUGUCUGGUACUUUCCAGAGUGUUCACAUUUGCAUGUGGUUGAUCGGUUGUUCCCUUUCAAAUUCAAUUCCUUUCCCUCUAUGAACCUCACUCUCUAUCACUUAGGAAUGGAGGAUUCAAAAUCAUUUGGAAUAAAGCAAGAAGGGUAUCAUAAUCCUUCAUCCAUCAUGAAAACAGAGGAAUUCUCGUUCCGACGCAGCAAAGUGAAGCAAGCAUUGAUGAUAUUUCGGAACUUGUUUUCAAAACUCUUUAGCGAGUACAAAACAGAUCACUAUGAUAAUGUGAAAGCAAAAUUUAAAGCUUUGAGUGAUGCUGCAAUGUUGAUGCAGAGGAAGCAUCAAUGGGUGAACUGCCAAAAACGGGUGGGACAUGUCCCUGGGAUUGAAGUUGGAGACCGAUUUCAGUAUAGGAAUGAACUCAAUGUCGUCGGCCUCCAUCGCCAGUUUGUCAAUGGAAUCGAUUACGUGGGUAAGGGCAAGAACUCUUUAGCCACAAGCAUUGUUGUAACCAAUCGCUACGAUAAUGCUAGAAAUCAUGGUGGUUCAUUGGUUUAUAGUGGUCAGGGAUGGAAUCCUAAUGUGAAAGGUGGAUCUAUGCCCCGUGAUCAAAAGUUGGCUGGCGGAAAUCUUGCUUUGAAGAAUAGCAUGGAUGCUAAGAGUCCUGUGCGGGUUAUAUUGAAGGUUGAUGGAAAAUCUGGUGGAGGCAUAGAGAAGAAAACCAAUGAUAAAUUCUCAUAUAUAUAUGAUGGAUUGUAUUUGGUUGAGAAGAUGACACAAGAAAGAGGAACUCAUGGGAAACUUGUAUUCAAGUUUUUGUUGAACAAACUUGGAGAGCUACCUUCAACUUGUGUUCUCCACAAGGAUGAGGUUAUCAAGAAUGUCAAUAAAUUUGGGCAACUUGAUAUUUUCACUUUGAGGAAAAGGCUCAAAACUAAAGGUUGUGCAACUAAAAAUGAUGUUAUUAUCAUGAAUGAUAUCUCCAACGGACAAGAGAAGUUUCCUAUUCGAGUCGUUGCAUCAACUGAUGGUAUUAAAAUGCCUCCAUCUUUUGAUUACAUAGUAAACAACAUUUAUGUUGAUAGCUUCGAGAAGCGAAUGUUAUGUGGUUGUGACUGUGUAAAUGGAUGUGUGGAUUGGGAGAAAUGUGUCUGUAUUGUUAAGAAUGGUGGAACAAUACCAUAUGACUCUAAGAAAAGACUUGCUUCUGGAUUGGAAUCAUGUGUUAUAUACGAGUGCGGCUCUUCUUGCAAGUGUUCCUCGUCUUGCUACAACCGAUUAAGUCAACAUGGCCUUCAAUUCCAACUUGAAAUCUUCAACUCCGAAUCAAAGGGCUGGGUUAUGUUGUAA